AUGCCUCGAUCGAUGUUAAAAUGUUUUUCAACGAUUUGUAUUUUCCUGUCAUUUGCAAUUUUUAUUUCUUUUCUUGAUCGCGUUUUCAAUAGUUUCAAUAGCUCGAGGUACAAACCAGUGACUAAAACUACAAACUACGACGAAUAUGGACGUAUUGUGCCAGCUAAAGGGGGAAGCCCUAGCCAUUCGAUUGCUAGAGACAAGAAAAGUAUAUUGAGUGGAACUGCCAACAAACUGGACAUCAACUCAUUACGAGAGAAUAAUAAUUCGUCUAAGACUAAACUGAUGGGAUUAGAAUUUCAUCAAAGCUUGGACGUGUUUAAACGUGACUGGUGCCGACUGCAAAAAGCUCGUUUAGAUUGGAAAGAAAUUCUACGUCCUUGUUUAAAUUUAACCGUCUGGUCACCAAUAAAACCAGGAUUUGGAGUCAAUCAGAUAACAGACCCUAGCAAGAGUUUUAUUUCAGGGUGGAACAUAAAAGCAGCCGGAGAAUUCAGCCGAUUUGUUAUUCGGACGGUAUCGGCAGGUAAUGUGGAAAAAACUAUCGGAGGAGACUCAUGGAGAAUUCAUAUUCAAGGUCCGUCGUCUUUGGCACCAACCAUUUUUGACCACAAUAACGGAACCUAUGAGGUUUUAUUUCUUAUAAUAGAGGAUGGAGAUUAUGAAGCUAAAAUCUUCUUGGAUUACAGCCUUUGCCACGGAUUCAAAGAUCCCCCUCCAUAUUGGUUCAAAAAAGGUAAAAUAUUUUUAGGUCAAAGUGAUCAAAUUCGCACAUAGGCUCGGUGUAUCGAUGCCCCACCGCGCCCGGGCACAUCGAGACAACCAAGGCUGGAGAUUGAGUAUACUUCGUUGACAAACUGAUUAAUAUUUUGGAUCUAAGCCGGUCCCAGUAGAGUUUUAUUGCUAAAAUUUGCCAGUUAAGCCACCUCUGUACAAAAAUCGUUAAGCAUAAAAUCUGGAACAGGUUCUUAUUUUCUCAUAAAAUCUACAAAACGAUUAUUUACACCUAAGGCGAAUAAGAAAAGUCAGCACUGCAACUGCAAUUGUAAUGGUAUACAGGUUUUACCUAAGGAAUGAGCUGACUUACCACUAAGUGCUGUCAACUACAAUGUACUAUUAGAUUUCCUUCAGAAAAUACGAAGCUAAUUAAGAGCCUAAAAAGCCUAAAUUUGUGCUUAUUGCCAUUUAUGUAAAAACCUGCAUGUUUAGGCUGAUUUUGGAAAAUGUAGGUUAAUUCUUAGUGGCGGGUCAGCGCAGUACCCCAGAGUUUCAGUACUGUACUGUACGGCUUCAAUUUUUACUACCUGCCAACAAGCCCCAUUCGUUUUUUGCCGGUUUGUUUGGUUACUUGUUUCAAAAUCAAUCAAUUGUUAAGGGAACAGAAAAGCAGGACAGUAUAUUCCCCGUACACCAUGUGGCUGGUCGAAAUAAAGAGAACUUGGCAGAAAAUUUAGAUUAUUAAUUUUUAGACGAAAGCCUGACACAGUAAAAUCCCGCGACCAAGAGCCUGCAUUUUUGCAAGUUAGCCUAAACAGGUUCUUACAUAAAAGAUAAUUAGCACGUCAAAUUUAGGCUAUUUAGGUUCUUAAAUAGGUUCUUAUUUUUUUUGAAGAAAAAAAAAAUAUUUGCGGAAAGUCCAUUAGCCGCAUAUGGCCGAUAUGUAUGUACGUUGAUUGUCACCCGUAUACGUUGUUUACUCAUCAAAGCAAGUCAUGGUCUCAAGAAAUUGAGUGCGACAGUACAGUGUAUGUUUAUUUUUUUAUGCUACUACAUGAGAAAUUUUUGCAAUCUGAUUGGCUUAGGGCAGUGGUAUUUCAGCUUAAUUUGAAAUAUUACAAACCUUUUGUGGGUAGUAGUAUAGACAAAUAAUAGCAUGAUUUGUACGUGAUAUUUGGCAUAAAUACCACGAGUGAAAUUUCAAAAUUGUCUCAAAUUUCACUCGCCUGACGGCUCGUGAAAUUACGUAUAACAAUUUCGAAAUAUCACUCGUGGUAUUUAUGCCAAAUAUCACUACAAAUCAUGCUAUUACCUAUACAAAUUCCGCAUCAGAAUUGGCUUGGUUUUUAAUUAAAAGUAAUAGACCCUUGAUUUGGACCAAUCUGACAUCGAUGAAAAAACGAAGCCCCUUAAAACUAGUUACGUUGCCGAGUUUGAGGGUAAAAAUCUGAUUCUAUGGUGUGUGUGUGUGUGGCAAGGAAAACGGGUAUAGUUUGUGCCCCUACCAACUUGUUGAACGAAUUAUCAGUUCACUAAGAUAAUUCAACACGUGACUGAGGAUAUUCCUCUUUUUCUCUUUAGGCAAUUCCCAAGGUAAAAACCAGCCUGAUGGCAUCCUUAAAGGGGACCGGCCCUACUUAAUAGCUCCUUUCAGGGAUGGAGAGAAGGUGACUUUUCAUAUUCCACCAUCAGCGAAUAAUCUGCGAUACAGUAAGUCAGUACUGAUCAACUGCCGAAACAAUUAAACAAACAAACAGCACGGAAAGUGAAUUAUUAUCCUUUAAACUCUAGUGGGCUGGAUAAGGUAUGCGCGAAGGACCAGCUGCAUGAAUAUUGUUGGCGCGGUCAUUCAUAGCAGAUCGAAGGAAAACUAUUCAUUUUGCAUAUCCGUUCUGUACAAUCACAGAGAGUUUGUUAUGUGAACGUAUAUAUAUAUUGUGCCUGGUCAAGGCCUGUUGCAUGGAUAAGCUAAAGAUUAUUGUAGCUCAAUGGGAGCUGGCUAUCCAGCCUCCUAAACACACUUUCUUGGGGCUUCUUCGCGCCUUCCUGCGUAGGAGACUACUGGCUCAGUCCAAAAGUUUGAUUCACCCCUUACCCUUUGUACAGUCAACAUUUUUUGACGGACACCUCCAUAAGACAGACACCUCGCUAAAACGGACACCUAGAGUUGGAUCCUUCCUUUCUUUACUUACUUUGAUUGACUGUCUCUAAGACGGACACAUAUAGUGCCGGUUAUUCUCUAAGACACUUUUGUCUUAGAGAGAGUCUAGAGAAUUGUUUGUCUUAAUUCUAGAGAGUCAGCUAAAAGGAGUAAUGAAAGGCAAGGGUCACCAACUCUAGGUGUCCGUCUCACAAAGGGUGUCGGUUAAUAGAGAGUUGAAUGUAGCGAAUAAAACAUACCUCAUGACAGACGCAAAUGGAAGCGCAAAACACGUACGCCUGAUAAACGUUCCCUCGUGUGUUUAUCACAUCAGUGAUAGAAAAUUGAGGUCUGCGGGAAGACUGCUUUUAUACUCAUAAAAUGGACUUCAACCCCUUCAAACCAAACACUUUAUACAUUAUACAGUUUCAAUAGAAAUAUUCCUGCUUGCUAAUUUUUAUACAUGAACUUGCUUAAGCUAGAUACAGGACUCGAUUAACCGAACGCUAUUAGUACACGGAAAAGCUACGGAAGCGAUCCGUUUCCUUGUGAGCGACAUUAAUUCUCUUCCUUAAUCAUAACUUAUUUUGAAUCUGAAUAAAUAGUUGACGCCUUGGUAAAAGUUAACUACAUAUGUGACACGUCAUGUAGAGCUAUGAUCUGGGAUGGAUUUGGUAGAUGGGUCAAUGGGCAAUGGAAGCCUUACAUUAAAGGUAACUGUCUCUUUUUCAUGACGAUAUUUUAAAUGCACGAACAACGAAAUUAGGCUGUAUCAAGUAAACACAGUAGCCUUGUUAUCGCCAUGAUGAUAUAUAUAUUUAGCCAAAGCUAAAAUCCAAGCGUUCAUUUAUAUACUUUUAAUUUACUUAAAAUCCAAAAAUCCCGAAAUUUAUACUUAACUGAUUUUAAAACAAAAAGAGAAAGUAUAGAUCAAAUUCAAUCGCAGUAAUAGUUUUGGAAAAGAAUUGUGACCCCUUCGCGUGCGUCUGACCCACUCCCCGCCGCCCUCCCCCCUCCCUUAUAACAACAUCGCUUUGAGAAGCUAAUAAAAAUUAUAAGAGGAUAAUUAACCUUUAUCAGGAGGCGGGCUCCUGCCUUUAUCCUCUGUUUUUGAAAUUUAAUUUUUUAUUAAAGGCUCAUUGUCAUUCACGAAUCUGGUUGGCUGCGUCCAGUUUAGUUAGUGGUAGCCUGCAGUGCAGGCGUAUUUUGGGUGGGCGAAACCUUGUUCGUGUUCGUAAUAUUGUUGUAGCCGCCAUCUUUGAUUUUAUGACAGUGGAAGAUUGGGGAGAGUAGAAGUAGUAACCCCGCUCCCUUUGACUCGCCCUAUCUCCUCCUCUCUUCGGGAAGUUUCAGCAUGGCGCUUUCGCGGGCAAUGCGCGCUGAAAGAAAACGCCUGCACUGCAGGCUAAGUUAAUGGUUAUAAGUCAAUAUUUUCGUCUCAAAGGGAUUUUACCCAAAUGGUAAAUUAGGCGACUGAUUUUCUUUGUUUAGAAUAUGUAUUCUUUUCAAUUAGGCUGUAUCAAGUAAACACAGUAGUUGUAAUGUUUAUUGUUAUCGCGAUGAUAUUAACACAUCUCAUUGUUGUUUACAGACAUCAUUUUAAAGGAUAAUAGAAAUCAAGAAGGUUUCUUCUUCAGUUUUGGAGAUUCCGUUUCGAAUAUGUUUAUCAGCUCCCUUACAUCUGGUCCUUACCGUAAUCUGUGCAAGAAGACAUUUAUCGCCUGUCGACCUAUUUACCACUGGGUGUACGACAUGGCAAAAUACUGGGGCGAUGGCGUCAAAUCACCAAGGGAACCUCUCCCUGAUGACGCUGAUUACGAUCACGAACGAGUUAUAAAUGACAUCAAAAAGGUAAACUUUAAAUUUUAAAAGUAUAAGAUUGAAAAUUUUAAUACUCAUAAAUGGGGACUACGGUCAGUUUGGUUGCGGAAUUACCUUGUUCCAUCUUUCCAUCAUACAAAUUGUAGCCGACGAGCAAGCUCUCCCGGAUGGACGCAAUGGCGCACGGGCACCCAACGACUGUUAUUUGUAAAAUAUCUGAUCGGAGAAGCAAAAAGUACCUAGAAUUUUCUAUAGCUUGAGGAAGGCUAAAACUUCUAGAUGACCUUUCUAUUCAUGUACAAUUUUCGUAGCAUAUCUUAUAAAUUCCCUACGAUUUUCUAAAGUUUAAUUUUUUGCAUUCCAGUCCCCAAGUUAGCCUACUUUUCGAAGAAAAAGGAAACCUUAAAUCUUCGGAUUCGAAAAUUUGAUGGACAGAGGAAUCAGAAAAAUUCUCACUUUCCUAAAACUUAAAAUUGCAUCUAAAAUUUUCGGGCAUAUAAUACUGAGGGCCUUGUAAUUUCGAAAAUACUUGAGUUGCCUUAGGACAACCGAACGGAUGCAAAUUUUAUAGCGCCGCUUAUAAUGUAUUUUUAAAGAUCUGAAAGUACUCCGGAUAGUCUAAAAAGUGUUUCAAUGCAUUUAGAAGGAAACUGUCAUUGUUUGCCUCUGUUUGCGGCUGGGCUUUCCCCCCUAAAAAUCUUAAAGAUCUAAAUUGAUCGGCAAUGAGAAACCCUGGCCGUACCUGUUGCGGGGAAUAGCCAGAACACGAUGCAAAUGGAGGACCUAAUAAUUUUUUAGUUGGUAAAGUCCUAUAUUCCUCUCAUUAUACCUCUCUUUACCGCUUUACAUCGCCUCAUUCAACGACCUAUAAACUUGUUUGUUUUCCAGACUUUGUUUAACCCGGAAAUAACUGAAAAGAGUGUAUUGAUGAUGAACAUGGGAAUCCAUUUUGCUGCUGCGGUGAAUUUUACUAAUUACCAGCGAGUUAUCGAACAGUUAAUACGCCUGCUGAAGGAUGGCGGCGAAAACAAACCUGCCAAAUAUAUCAGCAACUCUUUUAAGGGGAGGUUUAUAUGGAAAACGUCAACUGCCAUUCACAGGGAAAGAUUUCCAAAUCCACAUAAAGAUGUCCGUCGGUUCCUGACUUUUUCACGCGUUAAGUUGUUCAAUGCCUAUGCCCUUUCAGCCAUGUGUCGUGCUGGUAUUGACGUCAUAGACGUUUAUCCAAUAAGCGAAGCUUAUCCUGCUGGAACUGUGUCGCAGACUGAUCCUGUGCAUUAUGCUGAUAAUGUGUUUAGGGAGGUCGAGGGAUUGCUUUUUAAGAUGUUUAGUCCGUAA